AUGGAAGGCAGAGCAGACAUCUUCUUGAUCCAAGAAUCUAAGUUGGAGUUCGUCGAUAUGGCAACUGUUCGUAGCUUUUGGAACAAUGAGAAAGUGGGAUGGUAUUUUUCGAAAUCUAUUGGCAGUUCAGGAGGCAUAAUAUCAUUAUGGAAGGAGGAUUCAGUUGAUGUCAUUCUUAGCUUUAAGGGUGAAGGAUUCUUGGGGAUUAAGGUUAAGAAACUGUGGAGUGAUCUUUUGGAAGCUAAAUCUAGAUAUACGGAUAAUGAAUGGUUCGUGGCUGGAGAUUUUAAUUCUAUAUCGGAUCGAAGCGAAAGGAAAGGAUGUAGUCAGCAAUUCAGGAACAGUGAGAUAUCUUAUUUUGUAGGUUUCAUAGAAGAGUCUAAUUUGGUGGAUGUGCCUACUAAAGGUAAAAGGUUUAGUUGGUUUGGUGGUGAGGGGAGAACCAUGAGCAGAUUGGAUCGGUUUCUCGUGUCUGAAAAUAUGAUUAAAAGCUUGGAUAUCGUGGGGCAGAAGAUUGGCAACAGGGACAUAUCCGACCACUAUCUAGUUUGGCUCAUCGUAGAUGGAUUGAAUUGGGGUCCUAAAUCGAACCGUGUCAACAAGGAAUGGUUUGGAAAUAAGGGCUUUCUAGAUUUUGUAGAGUCCGAAUGGAAGGGCAUUGAUGUUACAGGGAGAGAAGAUUACAUCCUUAAAGAAAAAUUAAGGAUUCUGAAUCUUAAACUCACUUCAUGGAACAAACCGGUCUUUGGAGAACGAGACUUAGAGAUUGAACAGAAUGUUCAAAUAAUCAAUGAGGCAAACAAUCUUCUGGCUUCAUGCAGGGAAGAAGAUACUGAAGAAGUUAUAGCAAAGCGUUGCAAUGUAGUUAGACGGAUGUCGCUCGAUUUGAGGCUUAAAGAAAACAUGAUCCUUCAAAAAUCAGGAGUGAAAUGGGACAAUGAAGGAGACUGUAACAACAUAUUUUUUCAUAAAAUUUUGAAGGAAAGAAGACGGAGGAAUUUCAUAGGAAUGUUAUCGUCUCCUAUCGGCCUGCUAGAAUCAGUAGAGGAAGUCAAGGAAGAGGUUAGGAGAUUUUUUUCCGAAUCGUUCGAAGAAGAAGACAAUAGCCGCCCUCUGUUGGAAGACAUCAGUUUCAAAUCUCUAUCUCAGGAGGAGUCCAAUUCUCUAGAGCUCAUUUUUCUGAAUCUGAAAUCAAAGAAGCAGUGUGGGGUUGCGAUAGUUCCAAGAGUCCGGGGCCAGACGGUUAUAAUUUCUUCUUCAUCAAAAAGUUUUGGGCCUUCAUAA